AUGCGCAACCUCGUCAUCCUCGCGGCCCUCGCGGCCCUCGCCUCGGCCGGCACCGUCAGCGUCGACGUCCACAAGCAGCUUCCCCAGCUCGACGACAUGCUCAAGAUUCACAAACGCUCCGGCGAUCCCGUCAUUGACCUCCAGGCCAUCAACAACGUUACCGGGGGCGGCUAUUAUGCCGACCUGGGCAUCGGCACCCCUCAGCAGGUUCUGAUGUUUCACCUCGAUACCGGUUCCAGCGACACCUGGGUCAACCUCGAGGGCAUUUACUUUUGCAGGGUUGGCCGUCCCGAAGUCGGUCUUCCCCCUUCUUGCAUGAAGCAGUUCGACCCUGAUGCCAGUUCCACAUACAACGUGACGAUUCCAAAUGGCUUCAAGAUUGCCUACCUCGAUGGCAGCACUGCCUCGGGCGAUUACUUCCGCGAUUCCGUCACCAUUGGCGGCAACAUGACCAUCAAGCAGCAGCAGCUCGGUCUCGCCAAGCUCAGUGGCAGCCCGACCGGCCUCAUGGGGUUGGGCAUGAACGUCGGCGUCGCCGCCAAAAGGAAAUACCCUACCAUCAUUGACAACCUCGUCUCCCAGGGCCUCAUUGAAACCGCCGCCUUUAGUCUCUACCUCGACGCCAUCACCGAGAGCCACGGCACCUUUCUCUUUGGCGGCAUCGACACCAAAAAGUACAUUGGAGACCUCGCCACCCUCCCUCUUGUCGCCGACGACAUUCACGGCUCCGAAAACGUCACCUCGUACGCCGUCAACCUCGUCGGCUUCACCGCCGACGACAUUUCCCUGCCCACCCUCAAAACAAAGGCCAUUCUCGACACGGGCGCCACCCUGGUCCUGCUUCCCGGUCGCGUUGUCACCCCCAUCAACCAAAAGCUCGGCGUCGUCGCCAUCAAGGGCGUCGCCACGCCCUUCAUCGACUGCGGUGCGGCCAGCAAAAACGCAAAAAUCAAGUUCAACUUUCAGUUCAACGGCAAGACCAUUGUCGUUCCUCUCAAGGAAAUGAUUAUCGAUUCGUUUACCAAUCACCAGGACCUUUUUCAGAGCCCCAACCUGAGGAGCUACUUCAAGAAUUUCGAUAGGGUCUGCAUGUUUGGCAUCGCCAGCGCCGACGACUACAAGACCCAGGAGCCCGAUCCCUUGGGCUCCGGCGGCAGCGCCUCCAACGAGCCCGAGUAUGCUCUUCUCGGCGACACCUUUUUGCGCUCGGCCUAUGUUGUGUACGAUUUGGCCCGCCAAGAGUUGGCUCUUGGCCAAGCGUACCCCAAGUCGAACGAGACAAACAUUGUCACGCUCAAAGCCAACAGCCCCAUUCCUUCCAUCAAGGGCAUGGACGCUCCUGCCGCGGGAGAGACCGCCAAGGACAGCGCUGCUGCCGUGGCCUGCGUCCCCUCUGCUGCCACUGCUGUGGUCCUGGCGCUUGCCGCCGCUGUGGCCGCUCUGUAA